AUGUUAAUUAUUUUAGCUGAUGUUGACAAAAUCCGUGAUCGAGAUGAUAUUGAUACCAUUGUUUCAGCUGAGAUUCCUGAUCCUACAGAGUCGCCGCAACUACACAAAAUUGUGUUGCGUCAUAUGGUCCAUGGUCUCUGCGGAACAGUUAAUCCCAGUUCUCCCUGCAUGGUAGACGGAAAAUGUUCAAAAGAAUAUCCAAAACCAGUCCAAGUAGUAACGGUUUCGAACUCAGAUAGUUAUCCAAAAUAUCGCCGUAGAAACACCUCAGCUAUUUAUAAAACAGCUGGUGGAUUAGAAGUGUCAAAUCAGUGGAUAGUACCAUACAACCCUUAUUUAAGCUUAAAAUAUAAUUGUCAUAUUAAUGUUGAAGUAUGUGCCUCUGUAAAAAGUGUUAAGUAUCUAUUCAAAUAUGUUUAUAAAGGUCAUGAUGAUGCCAAUGUUGAAAUAAAAGAACUUAGCCAUGAUGAAGUAAGUACAUAUGUUGAUACCAGAUAUGUAAGUGCACCUGAGGCGGCAUGGCGAAUUUUGGCAAAACCGAUGCAUCAUCAAUCACAUAAUAUUAUACGUUUAGCAGUCCAUUUACCAAACCAACAGACUUUAUAUUUUCGACCGGAUACAGCUCAAGAUGCGGUUAAUAAUAUAUCGAUGACCACUUCCAUACUCACUGCAUGGUAUUUACUUAAUGAAAGUAGUCCAAAUGCUCGAAGGUUUUAUUACCAGGAAAUACCAGAAAAGUACAGCUGGUUCCAAUAA